AUGAAGAUGAUGAGUGCAAUGCUGCAGGUGAUUGCACAAGAGGACGAAGAGAGACGAGUUAAAAGACGAAUUCCCCAGAUGACGAUGAUGGUAGUGCUUCAAUACUUGGCUAAGCUUUCACUUUGUGGUCGGAUUGAUGGCCCAGAUGGGUUGGUGCGUUGGGUGCUGAUCACUGGAAAUUGGCAUGUAAAGCCAGAUGAUAAUGAUUUGUUUCAAGAUGUCAUUUCCAAGUUGAAACUGUGA